AUGUUUGCUCGGCAGAUCGCCGUUAUGAAGGGACAGGCGUGGAACGUUGUAGAGACGCUCAAGACGCCCGACCACGGUCCCCUGGAACUCACACGUCGUGCCAAGGUCUGCGUCUGGGACGAUCUGGUUGAGGUACCGGUCGCAGUUCCCAUGCGGGUGACAUCCGCCGAGAUGAUGCGUCACGAAGCAGAGUUGCGGCGGUCCAUUGACGAGGGCGACAUAGGCGAUGCGAACGCGUCUACUACACCGCCACUCCGCCUGGACGAGGACCUGCUUGGCUUCGCCAGCCCCCCGGCUGACAUGCCUCAUCCGGGUAGGUUUGAGCUGGCGUUGAGCCCGACGGGAGAGGGCGCUCAAUCACCAGACGAGACGUCAAUGAACGGCUCGGGUAUCCUGGCGUCGUCGGCACCGUUGGCUAAGGAUCCAACAGUGCAGCGGCCCAGGUUCUCGGGACAAAGUCACAGAGAAAGUUAUCACGGGCCGCGGGCUCUCAACAUGUACUCUCCUGCCCGUCAACAGACUCAGCAACAACGUCGCUACUCGUUCGCGACGGCCGCCGGGCGGCGCAACAGCAACAGCAUCGCCCAACACCUCUACGGGUCCCACCCAAGCCUGGAAUACGACGAGGACGACGUCGAGGAGGGCGACCUGGGCUAUGCGGCCGCCGAGGGGAUGGAGGGGAACCAACGCAAGGUUAUUGUGGAGAGGCUAGAGCCGGUGAAAGCCAGGAACCCGGUUUUCACCUGCUGGUGA